AUGUCAGCGAUCAGCUCCAGUCCAGAUGAUCCAGCGAUCCGGAUUCUUCUGAUGGGCAGAAAGGGUUCUGGGAAAAGCUCGUCUGGAAACACGCUACUGAGAGAAAGAAAGUUUAAACUUAAAAAGCAGGAAGCUGAAGUUUGUGACGCAGUAGCAAAGAUUGGAGAGAAGCAGGUUGCUGUCAUUGAUUGUCCAGAUCUACUGGAUCCAGAUCUGAGUAAAGAGCAGCUGGAGAUGUUGAAAGAGCAGCUGGUCUUUCAGUGUUCAACCGGUCUCAGUGCAGUUCUGCUUACCGUUCCUCUAGAGAAACCACUGGAAAAUGAGGAAGAGAUCCUGGAUUUUAUUAAGUGUUUAUGUGGUCCUGAAGUUCAGAAAUACAUCAUGAUCCUGUUCACACGUGGAGAUGAACUGGAUGCACUGGAUGAACCACAGACCAUUGAUGAACAUCUACAAAACCAUGAGGAUAUCCAGCGACUGGUGACUGAAUGUGGAGGAAAGUUUCACUGUUUCAAUAACAGGAGUAAAUCAGAUGAUCAGGUACAAGAACUACUGCAGAAGAUUGAAGGAAUGAUGGAGGAAAACGAUGGGAAAUUUAUCAUGGAACAAAUGAAGAGGAGUGGCAGCAAGGACAUUGUAAUAAAUUUUUCAGGAGAAAGUUCAAUGGAUGAAGAUCCAGAUGACAUUCAGAUUCCUGAGAGGAAAAACAUAAUCAGGCUGGUUCUGCUGGGAAAAACUGGAGCUGGAAAAAGUGCUGCAGGAAACACCAUCAUCGGUAAAAGAGUGUUUGAAUCCACCAUCAGCUCAAACUCUCAAACAAAACAGUGUCAGUCAGAAACCAAUGAGAGGAUGGGCAAAAAGAUCUCAGUGAUCGACACACCUGGACUUUAUGAUAAUGUACUGAGUAAAGAGGAGGUUAUUACCGAAUUAGUGAAAUGCAUAACGUACGCCUCUCCAGGACCUCACGCUUUUAUUAUUGUGAUUAAAGUGGGUCGAUUCACUGAGGAGGAGAAAAACACAAUAAAGGAGCUUAAAGAAGUGUUUGGAGAAAAAAUAGAAAAAUAUGCAAUGGUCCUCUUCACCCACAAAGAUCAAUUAGAUAAGAAAAAUCAAACCAUUGAUAAGUUUCUACAGGAAAGUGAUCCAGAUCUUAAAAAGCUGGUACAGAGCUGUGGAAACCGAUUCUUCUGUUUAGACAAUGAAUCUGCCAGUUUCCCACAGUUCACAGAUCUGCUGAGUAAAAUAGAGAUGAUGGUUAGUGAAAAUGGAGGCCACUUUACAAAUGACCUGUUUGAAGGAACAGAGAAAUGCAUUCGGGAGAUUCAGAAACAGAAACUGCGUGAGAAAUUGGAGCAGUUAAAACAGAAACAGGGCAUUCUAACAGAAUGGCAGACAAUAUAUUGGAGUUUAGCAGAGGAGUCUCGACAGGAAGCGCUGCAUUUUAUGUUAGGUGAGGUGAACAUAGCAGCUGUAGCCAAACUCAUGGGGAAGGUAGUGGUGACUUCUGAGGAGAAAGAGAGCGCCAUAAAGGAGGCUGAGAGCAUAGGAAUCAGUCGUAGAGAGGCAGUUCGACUUGCAAUCAGAGCCACAGGGAAGCUAGCAAAAGAGAGGUUGUGUGGGAUUCAGUGAGAAA